ACAGUACUGUUGAGCAGAGAUCAGACUCAUGUGGAUCGGAGCGCGGAUCCGCAGCUAAACCUCAUCACACAGACACACUGUUCGGAUAACACACCACGUUCAGCUAAACAUCGUUUAUGGUUUUAUCUGAAGAUUUCACAAUGUCUCGCACCGACGAGGUCCACCGCAUUACGGAAAAUGUCUAUAAGAACAUCAUGGAACAGUUCAAUCCCUGUUUGCGGAAUUUCAUCGCCAUGGGAAAGAACUACGAGAAGGCUCUCUCCAGUGUGACGUUUGCAGCCAAGGGCUAUUUUGAUGCUCUGGUGAGAAUGGGAGAGUUGGCCAGUGAAAGCCAAGGAUCUAAAGACUUGGGGGAUGUGCUUUUCCAGAUGGCAGAGGUCCACCGACAGAUUCAAAUGCAGUUAGAGGAAAUGUUGAAAUGCUUCCACAACGAGCUGCUGUCGGAGCUGGAGAAGAAGGUGGAAUUGGACGCAAGAUACCUGACUGCGGCUCUUAAGAAGUACCAGGUGGAGCACAAAAGCAAAGGAGAGAGUCUGGAGAAAUGCCAGGGUGAGCUGAAGAAACUGCGGAGGAAGAGCCAGGGCAGCAAGAACCCCUCCAAGUACGGCGAGAAGGAGUUGCAGUAUGUUGAGACUAUCAGCAGCAAACAGAGUGAGCUGGAUAGCUUCAUUGCAGAGGGCUACAAAACAGCACUUUCCGAGGAACGUAGGAGAUACUGUUUCCUGGUGGACCGCCAGUGCGCUGUGGCCAAGAACAGCAGCGCCUACCAUGGCAAGGGUAAGGACUUGUUAACCCAGAAGAUCCCAGUGUGGCAGCAGGCCUGUUCAGACCCCAACAAACUGCCCGACAGGGCCAUGCUGCUCGCCCAGCAGAUGACUUCUGGAUCCGGCACCCUCCUCUCCAGCCCUCUGCACUCCUCCAAGGGCAACCUGGUCAUCUCAGAUCCCAUCCCUGGAGCACAACCGCUGCCUGUGCCCCCCGAACUAGCUGCCUUCAUGGGAAGUGGCCUGGGCCAUCAGGGGCGGCUAAUGGGUCCUGAUGGCAUGUCUCUGGUGAACGGGACAACGGGGGUCCAUGGAGACGACUACUGGACUGAUGGCGGGGUCUCUCAGGGAAGACCGCCCUCUCCACAGAAUCAGACUCAACCACAGAGCCAGCCCCAGAGACAGGUCAGCGACGUCUAUUCCAACACCCUUCCCGUCCGCAGGCCUCAGCCUGCUAAAAACAAGACCACUGUGGGAGAGACACGGACUCUGCCCAGGUCGAGUUCCAUGGCGGCUGGUCUGGAGAAGAACGGACGUUCUCGUGUACAGGCCAUCUUCUCCCACGCCGCUGGAGACAACAGCACCCUUCUGAGCUUCACUGAGGGCGACAUCAUCAACCUGCUGGUGCCAGAGGCUCGGGAUGGCUGGCACUACGGGGAGAAUGAGAAAAACAAGAUGCGUGGCUGGUUUCCUUUUUCCUACACCCGAGUGCUGCCUGACAGUGACAGCGAGAAGUUAAGAGUCAAUCUUCAUCAUGGGAAGAGCAGCAGCACAGGAAACCUGCUGGAGAGAGAGGACAUGUCCUUGCCCAUGCCUGACUAUGGUCUGACUGCCCGACUGUUGGCACAGAGCCUAACACAGACUCGACCACGUCCCUACAGCAUGGCAGGCUUCGUACAGCCAGCGCUAGAGGAUUAUGACAGUCAGUUUGCUACAAGUUCCGAUGGCAAAUUGAUUUCGACAGUGUGAACACAGACAGACUAUCAGACACAGAUCCGGAUAGCACAGGGGCCACGCCCCUACUUCCCUUAGCCCCUCCCCUUUUAAGCUCUGCCUCCACACACUCCUCCUCCAAUGGAAGGGGCCAGUCUCAUCCCUCCUUUCUGUCCUCUCUUCCUCCCUGCGUCUUGCUGGGGCGAUAGUGAUGGUCGCGUGUGGUGGGUCGGGGGGGAACUCUGAGAAGAACGACCGGAACGCAGUCCAACUGCUCGCCUCGCUGCUUUACGGACUCUGAUUCGCCUGUAGUGACGCCGCUAUGACAUCGCUGUGGACUCCAAAGAGACUGCUUACCACUUCCCGUCUUUCAUGCAUGAGCACAAGUUUUGCUAUGUGGUUGUUUUUUUGUUUUUUUUCAAAUGACAUCCUCAUGUAAAAGUGCCAAAAGUAAAGCAAAUUUGGUCUUUUGGAGCAGCCCUCCUCAUUGCGAAGCUCUUGCUGAGUGUUUUUCUAAGCAGAUAUAAUGGGAGCCUCAUGCCAAAUGAGGAAUGUUUUUUGUUUUUUUAUUCUUCUUUGUGGUUUAGUUGUGCAGAGUGUACUCUCUCUCUGUGUGUGUUUUUGAAGAGCAUUUGCGUUUUGUGAAUCCCUCAUGUAUUACCUGGUGCUCUUCUGGUCCAGAGGCUGUGUCACUUUGUGCCGCAACAAGCUUAGAUUUUCCUCCAAUUCACCCACGAAAUUGGAAUGAUUGGAAGGAAAAUUGAAAUUUUCCCUCAUUAAACUAGUGCCAAAUGAGAGUGGACCUAUGAAACUGGAGCGAAGGUUGCAUGAGCUUCAAAAUCCUCGGGUGGGACUGUGCUGUUCGUCCAGACCUGCACGUGUCUGCUCACCCUACAUGCAUGAAAGAAAAGUGCUUUGAGCAGAAACCUUUCCCCCAAAAAAAUAUCCCAUUAUCCUAUCUCAGACAGCUGGAAGUAUGGGAUCGGAAUAGUAUCAAAAAUAAUAUUUUUUUGUCAGUAUGAUUCACAAAUGUGUGACCUUAUUCACAAAAUUUGUUUCUCAAAUAUUCCUAUGAACGUUGUUCACAAGUUUUUAAACUCAUGAACUGAUGGAUAACUUUGAAUGUAUUAUUUUUUGAGAGGUUUUUAGUAAAGAUACAUUUAGCCCAAAAUACCAAAAUUCACAUUUUGGUAAAAUGAUGAAUGAGAGGUUUUUAUUCAAAAAUAAAUUUUGCCAACAAUACCAUAACCCAAUUUUUGGUUAAAAUAGUGAUUGAGAGAGGUUUUGAUACAAAAAUACAUCUUGCCAAAAAUACCAAAAUUCACUUUUUGGUAAAAUAGUGAUUGAGGGGUUUUUAUUCAAAAAUACUAAAAUUCACUUUUUGGUAAAAUAGUAAUUGGGUAAAAUAAUGAUUUAAAUGGCAACAUAUAUUAUGUAUUUUUUUAAUUAGAUUUUGUAUUUAUUUAUUUGUUUUUCAUCAGGUACAUUCUCUUCAGCCAAUCAAGUGAGAGUUGGAGAUCAAUGCAUUGUACAACACUGACAUUAAAUGCUAUGUGAAAGGGCCUUAGGCACCAUUCCCUCAAAAAUGAAAUGACUGUCAUCAUUAACUCACCCUCACGUUGUUCCAAAUCCUUUGCUUUGGUUUCCAUUUGAAAAACACAUUUAGAUCAUUUCAGUGAAUCUUGAGAGGUUUCUGUCACAAAAAACCCAAAGUCUUAUAGGUUUGAACAACAUGAAGGUGAGUAAACAAUAGGUGCAUUUACAUGGACACUUUUUGCUUCCAUCUGAAUAAAUUCAUUCUGAUUGAUGAAUCCCAACGUAGUGUUUACAUGAACGCUAAAUAAAGUGAUCAGGGUGAUAUGCGCGCUUAUGUCAGAAGCUUCUGAUCGGAUUUACUUUUGACAUGCACACAUUGCAUGAAUAUACCGGGUUUCCCGCUGCUGUCACAUACUGUUUUAAAAAGCACACGUGAUAUUUACGCGAUAGUCUUAAACAAGGACUCUAGAAUGUUGCCCUGCUCCUUUUUAUAGAUGCUGAGUGAAAGGGGAGUUUUAUAAUGAUGGUAUACUAAUAAAUGAGACUUUAUUAGUCAGGAAGAACGGCUCAUUCUGCGCGUCAUAUGUCAUGGCGCUAUUUCUACAUCACUGCGCAUGCACAGUACUGUCUAGUUUCGGUUUUCAAUCCGAUCAAGUGUUUACACGUCCUCGCACUUGGAUUAGAAAAGGAAUAAACCACCCUAUACGGAUCAGGCCAAUUUAAUCUGAUUGACGUGUUUACUCUGGACUUUUUUAUUCUGAUUGUGCAUCUAGUCCUAUUACGAUCGGAUUGGUAGGGUCCAUGUAAACGCAGCUAUUGACAGAAUUUUCGUGUUUGAGUGAACUGUCUCUUUAAAUUAUUGCCUUUGGGAAUAUAUUCAGCAUCGCGUUACGUCAGUCAAGCUCGCAUCAGCCAACAUUCAACUGUUCCUGAUGUGUACCAAUCCAGUGUUGACACCUAUCACAUGUGGUCUAUUUAAAUUCCCACUCUUCAGCAUCUCUUCCGUCACAUCGCUGCUUGCAAUUAACUCCCUCCUCCAACCCCAACUCCACCUAACUGAACCUGUAAUCCCAUCUGACUUUUGCUUCACUUCAUCGGAAGCAUUCUCUAUCAUGGAUUGUUUUACAACUCAUUGUGAAUAGUAAUUAUGUAUGCAUAUAAUGGUCCUGUUCUGUCCCCCGGGGGGGUUGUCUUGCUGCUCUACCCACUCUGUCCAAGCAUGGCUGUCCAAGUAGUGUUGCCCAGAACAAUACCAUACCGCCAACACUAACUGUUUGCAAUAUAAUUGUAAUAAAUAUACUUGACGAAAGUGGUUCUGAUUGAAAUGAAUUUAAUUUUGUGAAUCUCAAUCAGGUUACACAUUUCUGUAUCAUAUCAUGUGAAUAUAUACAUUUUAGGCUAUUCUGAGCCCAUCCAGAAGUGCCACCAGCCCAUGUCUCUAAAACAUUCCCAUUGUAGUAUGUUUCCAUGCAGUUUUAGGAUGUCGACUGACAGAUCCUCUGGAGCUGUGGUGUAGUCCUCGCUGUGAUGAUGUUCUUUUGUUUCUUCUUUCUUUUUCUUUUCUUGCAAAAUAGACAAACUAGGAAAAAUGCACAAGAAAUCAGUGUAACAAUCACAAAAUGCAUGCUGAGGAGGAACAUAGUGAACAAUGACCUUGAAUGUAUGGUGACUUUUUACGAAAGGAAUAAAUAAAUAUCUAUAUAUUAAUAAAACAUUUGUUCAUAUGAGCUUCUAAUGAUUUUUAACGUUGUCAUCUUGAAUUUCCAAGUAUUUGCAUUGAGCUUCAAUGGGUGCUGCACAACUAACUCAAUAGAAACGUCCUUUAUUGCGAUAUCCAUCAUAUUUCAUGUUGUUAUUUACUGAUGUAUUAUUUUAUAAAAUCUAAACAUUUAAAAUAAACCAAAUAUAUAUGGCAUGAGCAAUUUUGGGCCAUUAAUGGUUAAUAUUAUUCAGGGUUUUUUGGGGGGCUUUUUGCUUGCACCCACAUACCAACAAGUCAUGCUCAACUGGGUCGUCCACAAAUAAAAUGUCAUCUUUUGAGACCGACUAUUAACCAACAUUUCACGAACCUGAAGAGCACACAGUUCUAAUCUAGCAUAAAGUUUGUGUACUUGUGCAUCAUGACGUCAUGUCUGUAUGAAUUUGUGACCGUGUGUGUUUUUCCGUGUCUGUGCUUGCCUGCUCGCCUUUUUUCUUCUUCUUAUCUUCUAAGAUCUGUUAUAUUUGAGAUGUAUAAGACAUGUCAGUUUUUUUAUAAGCAUGCAUCUUGUAUAAAGAACUGAAUUAUUUUUUAUUUUUUUUAUGUGUAUAUAUAUUGAAAUGUGCUCUUCAAGAGUUCACUGUUUUCCAUACACAUCUCUUUACUAAUUGGACCUCCUAACCAAACUGCUUUGGGCAGACCUUUCAUUUUGCACUAUAUUUUGAACCCAUGUCAUUACUAGAAGUGUGUUAUUGACUCAUCUACAAACAUAAGACUGUGACCUCAUCCAUGAGCAAAAAAAAGCGCUACUGUGUGUCACAGAGCAAGUAACCUACUGUACGGCCAUUGAACGCAACACUAACAGUCAUUUGAAUGCGGUGGAAAUGUAGCCAUUCAUAGUCUCCGUCUGAGCUGAGCUCUCAGGUUCAAACCCCUGGACUCUGUUUACUUUCCAGUUUGGGUCCUGAAUUGUCCCGGUUCUGAGUGUUGCAGGACCUCCGUAAGUCACCUGCCUCCAUCGCUGCUCAGCCAAACCAGUCAUGCCCUUUCUUUUAAUUUUGGUUUUUGUUUUCGACUCUCAUUCGCUGUGCGGCUUAAACGGACAGUAGGGCUUCACAACUGUUUCGUCUCAUGCCGCCACCUGCCUCUCUGGUUGGUCCUUGGCUUUUUGUGUGUGAGCUGUAGUUCGUACUAGCCAGAGAGGUCAUAGGUUGCCAGGAAAUGGUGUUGGCGCUGGAGGUAACCCCGAAUCUAACUCUUGCAUGCAUCUAUCAAUGCUGACAGAAGUAACUACAGUAUGUCUUGUACCAUUUGCAUGCCUGCACCAAACACCCUUCAUAGACUCUUCUCCAGAUACCCGUUCAUAAGUAUAUGUCAAAUGAAUCACCGUAUGCCUUUCAGCAGUACCUUUCUUCUGUUCCCCAAAUCAAAGUGCAGUAGAGCUGUUUAUGUGUCGUAGAGUUCAGUGGGUCACUAGCGUGGGCCGUGUUGUGGGCAUACUGACCGUGUUUGUUCUCCACCCCCUCUCCAUCUAGUGACCGUUCCCUGGAGGUCUACUACAGGCCAAGCAUCAUGGAUGACCGAUCCGCUCCUCUCUACUACUAGAGGGGCCAUGCAGUGGCCUGCGCACUAUGUCGCCCUCUUCUGUUCUGUCUGUGUCAUUGCAACAGCAUGUGGAGGCAGAGCACAUGCAUUUCCCCACAGGGCACAGAGGAUGGAGUUGGUUAUGUUCUUAAAGGAUUAGAAUAAUGAUCUUAACUCUGUAGCUUUACAAUUAAUGGUAUUUGUGUCCACCGAUUCACGUAUUUUAAAAGUUAACAGCUUUUCUGAAUGGUUUUCUUCAUCAACAAAUCAGGCACAACUGAAGUGACAGUACUUUUUUUUUUCUUUUUUGGAGGGAAAGUGUAAGCCUGAUCAUUUAAACAUGAGAUCUUUUAUUUGAAUGAAUGUGAAAAUGUAAAAAAAAAAAAAAGUGAGUAAUUUGGAUAUUAUUUCUAUAAAUGCAGUUCUAAAGGGGAGCCUUUCUUUUUCUGUCAGUUAUGGAUGUUUUGUUUCACAUGCCUCUAUCAAAUCAUUUCAGAAAGCUGAUGGAACCUCUUCGCAGGGAUCUUGAUGCUGUGGUCACUCUGUAUUAAACAGACCACUGUGCUUUGCUAAAGUUCUAGUGAUGCCUCUGUGAAUCCUUGUCUUUGUAGAGAUCUGUACAGUAUAUUAGAUGCAAUAUAUAGUGCAACAGGAACUGUGCCUUUUAUUGCUGUUUUGUGCUCUAUGCUGUUCUGAAUAUCUGUAACUCCACUGGUGUAAGUAAAGGGAAUUGCUUUAUGUGAUAUUUUGUAGUUCCAUUUGAUUUUUUGUAUUAUUAUUUGCUUCUACCGUCCUUUUUUUAAUUUACCUAGAAAUUCCAAUGACUGUUAUAGAUCUAUAAGAAGGUUUAUUUGUUUUCACCUGCCGCUUUUGCUUUUCUACUGUACGUACUGAGCAAUACUGCUUAUUAAAUAUCAAAAAUAGACUUAAUAAAAUAAUAGUGAAAAUAUUAAAUUGCAGGUUCUGUAAAUAUAUCUUUUGGUUUGUUUUCUGCUUGAGGGACUGAACAUUACUAGAACAGUAUAUAUAACAACUGAUUUUUGAAAUGAUAUGGAAAAUACAAUAUCAGCUAGUUUAGAUCCUGCUAUGAAUUGCAUGUUUUCUAUAUUAGGGCAUCUUCUGUGGAUCGUGUGAGAAAGGUGGGAUCGAUGUCUGAUUCUUCGCUGGACUGGAAGAUUUUGUCUGAUCAGCUUUGAAACCAGUUUUAUUUUUGUUUUGGCUCUUCUGUUUAUUCUUAUUUAUGGACAACUGCAAAUGUAUGUGAACAUUUUUUUCUUUUCUGAAAUAAAAAGGCACAUUUAAACUGC